AUGGCCGAGCCUUCGGUAAGCCCAGCUCCUCCUCCAGCCGAGACUCCUGCCGCGGCUCCUGCUGCCGAGGGUGGUGAGGACGGCGGAGUUUCAAAGAAGGCCGCCAAGAAGGCAGAGGCCAAGGCUAAGAAGGAGGCCGAGAAGGCUCGCCGCGCCGCCGAGCGGGCUGCCACCGCUGCCGCGUCUGGCUCCGCCGCACAAACCGAGGACCUCGCCAAAGACAACUACGGCCAGGAAACACACGAGACGAAGCUAUCCGCCGAUUUGGUCGAGGUAAACCUAAAGAAACUGGGCGAUGAGCACGUCGGAAAGUCGAUCAAGCUACGCGCAUGGAUCCAAAAUGCCCGCAUGCAAGGCGCCAAGAUGGCCUUUGUUGAGCUGCGCGAGGAGGGCAACUGGUCAAUCCAGGGCGUUGUGGCUGCCAAUCCCGAAGGCACCCCCGUCAGCCGUCAAAUGGUCAAGUGGGUUGGCGCCAUCAACCCGGAAAGCUUCGUCGUUGUCGAGGCCAAGGUCCAGAAGCCCCUCGAACCCGUCAAGAGCUGCCGUGUCUCCAACUACGAGCUGCACAUCACGAAGUGCUUCGUUCACGCCGCUGCCCCCACCGUUCUGGGCAUGACUCUCGCUGCGGCGAACCGACCAGUGGCCAACUUUAGCGACGAGGAGGUGCCCGUCGAACAGGAGGUUGAGAAGCUUACUAUUGCCUCUGCUGGAGAGGCCACCGGCACGCCUGCUGCCAGCAUGCUUACCCACCUGGACAACAUCGUGAUGCACAAGCGGUCGGCUGUACAGCAGGCCAUUGCCGAUAUCCGCGGCGAGAUGAAAGAGCUGUACCGCUCAUACUUGAGGUCGCACGGUUUCAAGGAGUUUGAGCCCCCAUGCCUCAUCGCUGCGGCGUCCGAGGGCGGCGCCAACGUGUUCCGCAUGCCCUAUUUUGAGAAGGAAGCAUUCCUCGCCCAAUCACCGCAGUUCUACAAGCAAAUCGAGAUUGCGGGCGGCCGGAAGCGCGUGUUCAGUGUUGGGCCCGUGUUCAGGGCCGAGAACUCCAACACACCGAGACACAUGACCGAGUUCACCGGUCUCGAUAUGGAGAUGGAGAUUAAGGACGAUUACCGGGAAGUUGUGCAUGUGCUUGAGGGUGUUCUGUUCCACAUCUUCCGCAACAUCCAGGAGCGCUGCCCUGAGGAAAUCGCCCUCGUCCGCUCUGUGUACCCCUCUGAGGAGUUCCUACUCCCCGAACCCGGCAAAGAGGUCCGCCUGACGUUCGCCGAAGGUCAGAAGCUCCUCCGCGAGGAGGGACCCGAGGAGUUCCGCAACGUCACCGAUGACGAGGACAUGAGCACACCCCAGGAGAAGGCGCUGGGUGCUAUCAUCCGCAAGAAGUACAACACCGACUUCUACGUGCUCGACAAGUUCCCCGAGGGUGCCCGUCCGUUCUACGCCAAGGAGGACCCAACCAACCGCAAGGUUACCAACGCGUACGAUCUGUUCAUGCGCGGGCAGGAGAUCUGCUCUGGUGGGCAACGUAUCCACGACCCCGUCGAGCUGGAGGCGCGCAUCCGCACCAAGGGUAUCGACCCCGCCAGCCCGGGGAUCAAGGAGUACUGGUACUGGUAUUGUAUGGCCACGGUCCUGGACUACGAUCGUGAUGAGGUGUGA